AUGAACAUUCUCAAAUCGCUGUUCUCCUCACCUCCGGCGCCUUUGAGCUACAUGAAACUUGGUCCGGACGGCAGUAAAGAUAAUCCCUUAAUGAUCCAAUUCUUUACAUGGGAAUCCCAAGUAACAGAAACAAGCUGGUGGAAGCAUUUUGAAAAUGAGAUACCGACAUUGGCAGAAAUGGGAUUUACUCAAGUCUGGUUACCUCCACCGAACAAAGCAGCACAUCCAGAAGGAAGAGGAUAUGAUGCGUAUGAUCUUUGGGACUUGGGCGAAUUUGAUCAGAAAGGCUCGAUCGCCACAAGAUGGGGUUCAAAAGAAGAGUUUUUAAGCGCAUGUCGCGUCGCGAAAGAACACCAAGUAGAUAUUAUCAUCGAUGCGGUGCUCAAUCACAAGCUCGGGGCCGACAGAGUGGAAGAGGUCAAGGUUAUUCCUGUCGAUCCCCAAAAUCGUCUGAAGGCACUUGGUCCACGACAAGAAAUUGAGGGUUGGACAGUCUUUGACUUUCCAGGACGAGGUAAUAAGUAUAGUAGCAUGCGUUGGAACCAAGAAUAUUUCACUGGCCUCGACUGGGAUCAGAAGACACAAACAAAAGGUGUUUUCAAAAUUGUUGGAAAAGGCCACAAAGGCUGGUCAAAAAAUGUUGAUAAAGAGCUUGGAAAUUAUGAUUACCUUCUGGGUGUCGAUAUUGACCAUCGCCAUCCCGAAGUACAGAGAGAUUUCUUCUCUUGGGGAUCGUGGAUAAUGGAGACUACCGGUGCAGUUGGUUUCCGCCUUGAUGCUAUUAAACACAUAGAUCGUGGCUUCACUUUACGUUUCCUUCAAAGCACCAGAAAGUCCACAAACUCCAGAAUGUUUUCAGUUGCGGAAUACUGGUCCGGCAAUAUCAAUUCUGUCUUACCUUAUACUCGUGCUUUCAAAGGGGAGACAGCUUUCUUUGACGUCCCUUUACACAUGAAUUUUCACCAUGCUAGUCAACACUACUCCCGCUAUGAUUUGAGGACCCUGAUGGAUAAUUCCCUCGUCAAAAUUAAACCUGGUCAUGCAGUCACUUUCGUUGAUAACCAUGAGUACGUCGAGGGUCAGAGCCUCGAAAGUUGGGUUGGAGACCACUUCAAAAUACAAGCAUAUGCUGUAAUCCUUUUGCGGGGUACAGGGUACCCAUGCGUCUUUUACGGUGAUCUCUAUCCCAACACAGAAUGUUUCAACGAAAACAUCGCCCGCAACCUCGAGCUACUUGUAAAAGCACGGAAAUUGUAUGCCUAUGGUGGCACCCAGGACUACCCAUCUACAAAGAACUGUAUUGGUUUUGUUCGCAUGGGUGAUUCAACGCAUUCCGGGUGUGCUGUUAUCCUGAGUAAUCGAGAGGAUAGUGACUACGUGCAUAGUAUUCGAAUGAACGUGGGACGGUCCCAUGCCGAAUCAACAUUCCAAAGCUACUUAACAACGGAUGGGCGAGUAGAGAUAGACGCUGAAGGCUGGGGUGAGUUUACUUGUUUUGCAGGUUCUGCUCAGGUUUGGGUUAAACUGGAGAGUUAA